GGACCAGUGGUCAGGGAUGAUGGGAAUUGUAGACCCAAAACAUCUGGCGGGCCGACUUUGGGGGUGCCUGAACUAGAUGAUCCUCUGGGUCCCUUACAACUCCCUUCCAGAAGGGCCAUCCUGUUAGGCUGCAUUACAUUGUAAUGGAUUGCUUCGAAGGACUUCUUCAGCACCAGAUGGAAAGAAAAGAAUAAUCGCAUUUUGUUGUUGUUGUUUAGUCGUUUAGUCAUGUCCGACUCUUCGUGACCCCAUGGACCAUAGCACGCCAGGCACUCCUGUCUUCCACUGCCUCCCGCAGUUUGGUCAAACUCAUGUUCGUAGCUUCGAGAACACUGUCCAACCAUCUCGUCCUCUGUCGUCCCCUUCUCCUAGUGCCCUCCAUCUUUCCCAACAUCAAGGUCUUUUCCAAGGAUUCUUCUCUUCUCAUGAGGUGGCCAAAGUAUUGGAGCCUCAGCUUCACGAUCUGUCCUUCCAGUGAGCACCCAGGGCUGAUUUCCUUCAGAAUGGAUAGGUUUGAUCUUCUUGCAGUCCAUGGGACUCUCAAGAGUCUCCUCCAGCACCACAACUCAAAAGCAUCAAUCGCAUUUUGCCUUAGUUCAAAUCCGCACUCAACCACGAAGCUCACUGGGUGACCUUGUGCCAAUCGCUGCCUCUCAACCUAACCUACUUCGCAGGGUUGUUGUGGGGGAUUAAACGAGGACAGGGAGAAGAACCACUUGCAGCACCUUCAGUUCCUUGGAGGAGGAAAAAGUGCCAUAAAGAAAAAGGCGCAGAGUUCAACGGAGCUUCCUCCCUCCUUUUCAGGUAAAAGAAGUGGCUCUGGGGUUGCAGGCGACGCUUUUGCUCGGCGAGGCCAGCAGAGGUCUCCGGAUUAUUCCUGGCGGCUUUUGCAAGAGGCCGCCCUGCUGCUCCGAGUAGCCUUGCCGAGGUUGCGCUUCCUGCGCCUGACUCAGCUCGCGUCCGACGCCGGGAUUGGCUGCCUGGGGCCGGAUCGAAGGGAUCUCGCCGCAGUAACCCCUGAGCAGCCAGCGCGGGCGGAGAGAGGGCGGCCGAUGGUGCACGGCUCCUUUUUGCUUUUGGCAGACACAGCGAGCUUCAGUUUUUGCGCGGCUGCUUCUACUGCGCGCGUCUUUACGCGCGGGGUGCUUUCGCGUGUAGGAUCGGACCUCCCCUGCAAAUCCCAGCUGCUCUCGCCCGUUGCUGCAGGUGAAAGGAUGGUGAAUGAGGAGGAGGAAGGGACUUCUCAGCAGGGAGGCCCUAAGCUGGCAGAACUACAUGGGGCGCGGUCGGAAAGCUGCCACAGGGUGGCCUCCCCAGACCUCGAGCUGGAGGGAGGGGAAAUCAGCGAGAGCAGUUCGGAGACGGACCCCAGGAGCUCUGCCCAAGAACUGGAGAACGACUCCUUUUCCGUCAACGGAGACGCCCUGGGGAACGAGGCCGGGGGCGUCUGCCCAUCGCAGACGCAGUAUAUCUGUCCUGUUUGCGGGGAGUGUUUCAAUGGGAGCUCCUGCCUUUCCGAACACCAGCGAGUCCACAAAGAGGAGAAGCCGCACACGUGCCCCGUGUGCGGCAAAGGCUUCAGCCAGCCGGCGGAAUUGGCCGACCACAUGCAGACGCACACGGACGAGAAGCCCUUCACCUGCCUGGAGUGUGGCCGGAACUUCCUCUUCAGCUCCGACCUGGUUUCCCACCAGAAGGUCCACACCGGGGAGAAGCCCUACAUCUGCCUGGAGUGUGGGAAGGGCUUCUCCCAGAGCUCGCAGCUCAUGUCCCACCGCCGGGUCCACACGGGCGAGAAGCCCUACGAGUGCAUCAUCUGCGAGAAGAGCUUCCGCUCCAACUACGACCUGGUCAACCACCAGAGGAGCCACACCGGGGAGAAGCCGUACAUCUGCUCCGACUGCGGGAAGAGCUUCACCCGCAGCUCCCACCUGAUCUCCCACCAGCGGGUCCACACCGGGGAGAGGCCCUACCCCUGCGGGAUCUGCGGGAAGCGCUUCCGCGACUGCUCGCACCUCAUCCGCCACCAGAGGGUGCACACGGGCGAGAAGCCCUACGAGUGCUCCAUCUGCGGCAAGAGCUUCCGGGUCAACUACGACCUGGUGACCCACCAGAGGAACCACACGGGGGAGAAGCCCUACGCCUGCCCCGACUGCGGGAAGGGCUUCAAGCGCAGCUCGCACCUCAUCUGCCACCAGAGGGUCCACACCGGGGAGAGGCCCUACCCCUGCGGCAUCUGCGGCAAGAGCUUCAGCUACAGCUCCGACCUCAUCAAACACCAGAGAAUCCACACCGGGGAGAAGCCUUACGAGUGCCACAUCUGCGGCAAGAGCUUCCGCAUCAACGCCGACCUCGUCACUCACCAGAGGAUCCACACAGGAGAAAAGCCCUACACCUGCCCCGACUGCGGGAAAUGCUUCGCUCGGAGCUCGCGACUCGUGCAUCGGAGGACCCACACCGGUGAAAAGCCCUACGUCUGCCGUGUGUGUCUGAAAUGCUUCAGCGACGGCUCUGCCCUUGUGAAGCACCGGAGGAUCCACGCUGGGGAGAAGCCUUACACCUGCCCCGAGUGCGGGAAAAGCUUCUCCCAGAGCUCGACGCUUAUCGCACAUCAGAGAAUUCACACGGGCGAGAAGCCCUACAAAUGCCCCGUGUGCGGGAAAGGCUUCAGUGUCAGCUCCAACCUCGUGGCUCACCAGCGGAUUCACACGGGGGAGAAACCUUACGAAUGCUCCUUCUGUGAGAAGAGCUUCCUCGUCAGCUCACACCUGAUCAGGCACCAGAGGAUCCACACGGCGGAAAAACCGUACAUUUGCCGGGAGUGUGGCGAGUGUUUCACGCAGAGCUCUCACUUGGUCGUCCACAAGAGAAUCCACACGGGGGAGAAACCUUACCUGUGCGCCGUGUGCGGGAAGAACUAUCGGGGGAUCUCGGACUUCAUUCUGCACCAGAGAAUCCACACAGGUGAGAAGCCAUACACCUGCUUGGAGUGUGGGAAGAGCUUCCGCCAGAGCUCGUGUCUAACUAAACACCAGAGAAUCCACACAGGAGAAAAACCUUACGAGUGUCACGAAUGUGGGAAGAGCUUCAAUCGGAAUUCACAUCUUACAAGGCACCAGAAAAUUCAUACUGGGCAGAGGGAUGCCAGGCAGGUGCUUAUAAAAUAAAAGUCUUCCGUUCUGAAAUGGAAAGUUAGGUUCAUUGCCAUCACUGGCAUUUGGCGAGGAGAGAGUCUAGCUGGUGGACAUUUUCCUGUCUAUUGCUGUAGCCUUUGUUGUACCAUCCUGCACCAGGGAUGUCUCUAAAAGAAUCCAAGAUUUUCCCAGAAUUUGAUCUGCUGCUGCUGUUAACCUUGUUGUAUGAAGAUGGUUAAUCUAAUUGCUGUUGCUUUUGGAACAACAGUUUUUGGGCAACUGUAUCCCUGCAGAAAACCUGUGCUUGUGAACCUACCAGCUCAUAAGUUUUAUCCUCUUAGACUGUAAGGCGUGAGAUACUCUUAAUGGUCUUCCUGAGAAUCCACGGAAUGUCUUGCUUUAUCCUAGGAGGUGAACUUGAAAUGGACACUCUCAUGAUGAGAACUCUAUAGUCUUCCUUCCUCUGGGGUAUUCCAAUGCACCUCGAUUGCACCGUUUCAUAUGAUAAGCUGGGUUUGAACAAUCCCUGGUGCAAACGCUCUUGACUGUUACUAGCAAGUCGCUUUCCCAGUUUAGGCUAAGAAAGAAGGAUUUGCCAAACUCUAUACAACAAGCAAAGACAGAAGCUGAAGGACAGGGGUCUUUGUACAUCAGGGGUUCCCAAACCUGCCCCUGCACUUCCUUGCCGACCUCCUGAAAAUUGCUUAGGGUCUUGGUUGACCAUCUACUGAUUUUCUUCUGCCUGUUGUAGCAAUUGUGCUGUGCUAAACGCCAAAUGGUUUUUCCAUUGCAUUUCCAUUGCUUCGGUUGAAUUGCAAUUUGAACGCAAUAAUAUACAAUGUUAGAAAUAAAAGACACAAUAAAAAAAUACAGCUAAAAAUUACAGCAAAUGUUGAAUGUUGACAUGCUGCAGACCACCUGAAUGAAGCGUGUGGAUCACUCGUGGUCCACAGACCACAGUUUGGGAUCGCCUCUUCCAGAUCAAAAACCAGCUUGCUAUAUCCAGGAGCAGUAUAGCUGUCCGUCCUCUCUAACCUCACCUUCUUUGGGUUGCAAUUCUAAAUUCCAUCUCUAGGGAGUGAGUUACAAGAAAGGAGAUUCUGACUAAACAUCAGGAAAAGCUUUCUGACACUUAAGAACUGUUUGACAGUGGAACAGUCUUCCUCGGGAGGUGGUGGAUGGCCAUCUGUCAGGGAUGCUUUAGUUGAGAUUCCUUGCAUUGCAGGGGGUUGGAGCAGGAUGAUGCUUGGUAUCCCUUGCAGCUCUACGAUUCUGUGAGUCUGCUGUUCUUAACACCCAGGGUCUGUAGGGGAGAAGGCGGUCUUUCUAUUCUAUUUGAUUCUAUUGCUCCAGAGAAGCGGACAUGGAGCAAUGGAUUCAUACUAACUACAAGAAAGAAGAUUCCACCUAAACAUUAGGAAGAACUUCCUGAAAGUAAGAGCUGUUCGGUAGUGGAAUUUGCUACCAAGGAGUGUGGUGGAGUCUCCUUCUUUGGAGGUCUUUAAGCAGAGGCUUGACAGGCAUAUGUCAGGAAUGCUUUAAUGGUGUUUCCUGCUUGGCAGGGGGUUGGACUGGAUGGCCCCUGUGGUCUCUUCCAACUCUACGAUUCUAUGAUUCUUUCAGGUAUUUGGGGCUUGAGCCAUUUAGGAGUGCAAACACUAUCAUCAGCACCUUGAGUUUGGCCUGGAAACAAAGUGGCUUGCAGAGAGCUUUGGUGAAGGGCAGAAAUGACAGGCAUUUUGUCCCUUGCAUCUUGUUGUUGAUCCAUUGGCAUUGAUAAGGACCUGUAUGCCACCUGAUGCCAAUCCCACUUACACUGAAGUAACUUCCCUAGACCUUGCCGAAGCAAAUACAGAUGGGAUGACCGUAGGAAUUGCAGAGGCUUUGGGGAUGUAGAGUAUAUUAUGUGGAGAACUGGUAGGUUUCUCUUACUGUGAGCAGUGAAAGAUGAACAAUUAAAGAGAUGUUUGUCGAAGUAAUAGGAUCAUUAUCUUUCUGCAGUGCCUUUAACAAAUGCAUCACAGACAAAGCAUGCAGCUUGUGUCAUCUCCAUGUUGGAAAAGCAGCAUCUGCUGAACUUCUGCCUGCUAUGCUGAUGCUAAAGGAUGGAACAAACAAACCAGCAGCAACGUUAGUUAGUGCAAAAGCAUUUAAUUUAACUGUUUCCAUUCCUGUGGAGCACUGAUGAAAAUGAUUGAAGCACAUAUUUUCUUGCACCCGUUACUUUAGAAGAAAAUGAACUAAUGAAACUCCACUCUGAAGCAGAACAGAAUAUACAAUAUUUUGUAUACAAUAUGAACAUAUACAAUAUGAACAUAUACAAUAUGUUCAGGUUCUCUAAAGUGAUGGUUCUCAUUCACACUGUUUAGGAAUGUUAUCAGUUUGGAGUGUGGGUGGUUUUUUUGUGUGUGUAUGUGUGUUUUCCCUUUCAGUUUUUAUGCCUUCCUUCUUCGUUUGUGGGGAGAUAAAUGUGACUGGACUCCUUACAUUUUUUUUGGAAGAUUUAAGUUUUAAAAAGCCAUGCAAGCUGUGAGUUUUGCAACAUUUACAAGGGUCGCAAAUAACCAUAAAUUGUAUGAUCAUUCAAUAAACAAAUGCAGUGCUUUAUAGUGUGCUUUGAUUCUCAUAAUCUUCUGAGCAAGGCUGGGGGAAUGCAAAUCCAUGGAUCUGGAUGAAACCUACAAAGCGUUGCCAGAUUUGAAGUGGGAGGUUUGUGCUGUGCUUCACAGUUCAUGAGAAAGUGAGAAAGGAAGUACCUGUAAGAAGAGCCCUGCUCCAUCAUGCUGAAAGCCCAGCUAGCCCAGCAUCCUGCUUCCUGCAGUGACCAAUCAGAAGCCUUCAGGAAACCCAUAAGCAGGGCAAGAGCAUAGUAGCCCCCUCCUGCUGUGACUCCCCAGCAGCUGGCAUUCAAAGUUUGCUGCCUCUGAUCCUGGAGGUAGCCAUUGUCAUGGCUAGUAGCCACGCAUAGACAUGUCCAAUUCUCUCUCUCUCUCUCUCUCUUUCUCUCCUCCUCUUCUUCUUCCUCCUCCUCUUCCUUCUCUGGAAGUCCUGCAACUUGGGACUCAUCUACACAGCUGCAAACAAAACGUUUAAAAUGUGCUGUAAAGUGCAAUAUACAAAUGUGACACUAGAUGGCGACAGUGAGCUAUGCAAAAUUCAAUGUAUUUUUCAAAACCUUUUUAAAAGGCAUUUUCACAGUGUUUUUUAAAUAUAUGCGUGUAGAUUCCAUCUUGGUGGCCAUCACUGCACCAGCUCAAUGGCAGAGCG